CAAUAUGUCUAAAAAUGUCUAGGAAUAAUCCGCCCGACUCGAAUAAGACUCGACCUCCCCCCCUCCCUCCCGAAAUUUGCCUUCCAAAUUUCAAAAUUUUCACCUGCAGCACGGAUAAGUGGAUACGGAUAUCGACCUCACGCAUAUGUAUAUCCGGAUACGGAUACCAAAAUCCGUGUCCAUUACCAAGCCUGAAACAAACUUUAAUUUUUUAACAAAAGGUGCUGAAGGCUUGUCUGUUGAAGGAAAAGAAUUACUUUAUAACGAAUCUAUUAAAUACACAAAUAUUUUACUUCGAUAUAAUCAACGAAGAUUAGGUUUAAUUGAAGGCGCUCAGAGAUUGACUGAAUGUAGUCGACUAAUUAAUCUAAGUAUUGAAAAUGAAUAUAAUUUUCGGUCAAUGGUCCUUCAUGAAAUUAAAUAUUUUUCAAUAAGUACUAAUUACUCAAAAUGUUCAAACUUUACGACAAAAUUUUUGGAAAGAAGUGAUUAA